AUGACGGCGAAUGAUGACGGCUGGACGCCACUGAAAUCGGCCUUGAGUAAAGGUCAUGCAGGAGUCGUCAAGAUACUGCUGGAGGAGGGAGCUGACUUUACGACGGCGAGCAAGAAUGGAUGGACACCGCUUAACUCGGCCUCGGAUAGCGGACAUGCAGAAAUCGUGAAGAUGUUGCUAGAGAAAGGAGCCGAUAUUACGACGAUGGACAACGACGGGUGGACACCACUAAACGUAGCCUCGAGUGGCGGUCAUGCAGAAGUAGUCAAGGUGCUGCUGGAGAAGGGAGCUGAUCUCACGGUAGCAAAUAACGAUGGCUGGACACCACUAAACGCAGCCUUGAGUGGCGGUUAUGCAGAAGUAGUCAAGGUGCUGCUGGAGAAAGGAGCUGACUUCACGACGAUAACUAACUACGGGGUGACACCACUAGGCGCAGCCUCGAAUGGCGGUCAUGCAGAAGUAGUCAAGGUGCUGCUGGAGAAGGGAGCUGAUCUCACGGUAGCAAAUAACGAUGGCUGGACACCACUAAACGCAGCCUCGAGUGGCGGUUAUGCAGAAGUAGUUAAGGUGCUGCUGGAGAAGGGAGCCGAUCUUACGGUAGCAAACAACGAUGGCUGGACACCACUAAACGCAGCCUCGAGUGGCGGUUAUGUAGAAAUCGUGAAGAUGUUGCUAGAGAAAGGAGCCGAUAUUACGACGAUGGACAACGACGGGUGGACACCACUAAACUCGGCCUCGGAUAGCGGACAUGCAGAAAUCGUGAAGAUGCUGCUGGAGAAGGGAGCUGACUUUACGACGGCGAGCAAGAACGGAUGGACACCGCUUAACUCGGCCUUGGAUAGCGGACAUGUAGAAGUCGUCAAGAUACUACUAGAAAAGGGAGCCAACGUCAUGACGGCGAAUGAUGACGGCUGGACGCCACUACAUGUGGCUUCGAAUAAUGGACAUGCAGGAGUCGUCAAGAUACUGCUGGAGGAGGGAGCUGACUUUACGACGGCGAGCAAGAAUGGAUGGAUACCGCUUAACUUGGCCUUGAAUGGCGGACAUGCAGAAAUCGUGAAGAUGCUGCUGGAGAAGGGAGCCAACAUCAUGGCAGCAAAUAAUGACGGCUGGACGCCACUACAUGUGGCUUCGAACAAUGGACAUGCAGAAGUUGUCAAGGUGCUGCUAGAGAAAGGGGCCGAUAUUACGACGACGGACAACGAUGGGUGGACGCCACUUUUAUCCGCUUCGGCUGAAGGCCAUGUCGAUGUUGUCAAAUUUCUGUUUGAGUCUUCGCCUCUUUAUACUACUGAAACAAAUGGUCUUGGUUGUACUGCCCUCUUUCUGGCUUCUCGAAACGGACGACUCCCGGUCGUGCAGUACCUGCUUUCCACUGGACGUUUUGACCCUAAUAUCAAGAACUACUACGGCUCUACAGCAUUAUCGGCUGCAGUAGCUAAUGGCCACUAUGAAGUUGUGGAGCUUCUGAUUAGUACUGGUGUUAGUACUCUGGAGCAGGUCCAUCCUACAGUGGUGGGCAUCUCACGCAGGUAA